AUGCCCGUGACGCUGCUGCAGCAGCAGCAGCAGCAGGUGGUGCAGCAGCAGCAGCACACUUCAUGCAGCAGCAGCAGCAGCGACAGCAGCAACAGGCUCGGCUCGUGCGGCAGACGCAGCGCCAGCAGCAGUCAUAGCGAUCCCCGCAGCAGCAGCAGAUGCAGCAGCAGCAGCAGCGGACAGAGAAGCAGCAGCAGCAGCACAAGGAGCAGCAGCACAAGCUGCAUCCCUAGAGCAAAGGGGCAGCAGCAGCGGCUCGUUAGCAGCAAGCCAGCAGCAAGGAAUGAGGCUGCAGCAAACGCUGAAGCAGGAGCAGCACCAACAGCAGCAGCAGCAGUCUCAAUAGCAGCAGCAGCAGCAUCGAAGGCAAAGACAAGAGCACGGCUGCCACCAGCUGCAACAAAAGAUACGGCAGCAGCUAAGCAAGAGGCAGCAGCAAAAGAGGCGGCGAAAAGGACAGAAGCAGCAGCAGCAACAGCAGAAGCACCAAUGGCAGUACGAGCAGCAGAAGCAGCAACAACAACAGCAGCAGCAGCAGCAGCAGCUACUGACUUUCUUGUCCCUACGUGCGACUUCACGAGAAUCCCAGUUGGCUCUGCAUGA